CUGGCGCGAUUUGAAAGUGCCUCUGCCCAUGUAUGCGUUGCUCCUCGGCUAAGACAAUCCAUCUCCUGCCCAUUUCAGAUGAAAAAAAAGAUCUUGACCAUGAGACUGUGGUUGAGGAGCAGAUCAUUGGGGAGAACUCCCCUCCUGACUACUCGGAGUACAUGACGGGAAAGAAGCUCCCGCCUGGAGGGAUUCCCGGCAUCGACCUCUCGGACCCCAAACAGCUGGCAGAAUUUGCCAGAAUGAAGCCAAGAAAAAUUAAAGAAGAUGAUGCUCCAAGAACAAUAGCUUGCCCUCACAAAGGCUGCACGAAGAUGUUCAGGGACAACUCAGCCAUGAGGAAGCACCUGCACACUCACGGCCCCCGUGUCCACGUCUGUGCCGAGUGCGGCAAGGCUUUUGUCGAGAGCUCAAAGCUCAAACGACACCAACUGGUUCAUACUGGAGAGAAGCCCUUUCAGUGCACGUUCGAAGGCUGUGGGAAGCGUUUUUCACUGGACUUCAAUUUGCGCACACAUGUGCGGAUCCACACGGGAGACAGGCCCUAUGUGUGCCCCUUCGAUGGUUGUAACAAGAAGUUUGCUCAGUCGACUAACCUGAAAUCUCACAUCUUAACACACGCUAAGGCCAAAAACAACCAGUGAGACACCGUGAGAAGGAAGCUUCUUCUCAGCCCCGGAAGCCUCUUCCAGAAGUGACUGGAAGACACGCACCUCUCCUUUGUGUGUUGUUUCUAGGGAAGAAUUUUAAAAACGAACCCUACACACCUAAGGGACAUGUUUUGAUAAAGUAGUAAAAAUUUAAAAACACAAACUUUAUUAAGAUGACAUUGCUAAGAUACUCUAUCUUGCUCUGUAAUCUCGUUUCAAAAACACGGUGUUUUUGUAAAGUGUGGUCCCAGCAGGAGGACAAUUCAUGAACUUCGCAUCAAAAGACAAUUCUUUAUACGACAGUGCUAAAAACGGGACUUCUUUUCACAUUCUUAUAAAUAUGGAGCUCACCUGUUGCUUACAAUUUUUUUAAUUUUGUAUUUUCCAAGUGUGCAUAUUGUACACUUUUUGGGGAUAUGCUUAGUAAUGCUAUGUGUGAUUUUUCUGGAGGUUGAUAACUUUGCUUGCAGUAGAUUUUCUUUAAAAGAAUGGGCAGUUACAUGCAUACUUCAAAAGUAUUUUCCUGUACAAAAAAAAGUUAUAUAGGUUUUGUUUGCUAUCUUAAUUUUGGUUGUAUUCUUUGAUGUUAACACAUUUUGUAUAAUUGUAUCGUAUAGCUGUAUUGAAUCAUGUAGUAUCCAAUAUUAGAUGUGAUUUAAUAGUGUUAAUCAAUUUAAACCCAUUUUAGUCACCUUUUUUUUCCUCUCCAAAAAAUACUGCCAGAUGCUGAUGUUGCGUGUGCCCCCUUUGCCUGUUGAGUUACAGAACGUGGUGCUCGGUUGUAGAGUGUACUGUACCAUGACCUCCGGGUGUGUGCACCCGCGUCACGGGGAGGGCGACAAUGAAACGGCGGUCCUGCAGACGGGAAUGGCAGAACGAGCUCUGUAAGCACAGUCUUGUUGUCUUCUGUUGUCCAGAAUAAUCCUCCUUCUUGAGCCUCCCAGAAAUUGGAAGCUAAAUAAAGCAACUCAAGUUUCCUUUC